GUUCACAGUAUGCAUCCCAAGCAAGCUUGUUUAGUAAUUAUAAUCUAUAAAAGUUGAUAGCAGUUCAUUCGUUCAGAUAUAAUGUGUUUUCAUAAGAAUAGUUUCCAAAGGGGCAUAGCGUCCACGUUAUAUACCAGAUCCAAUCUCGACAAAAAGUGUAAUAGGGUUUCAGUAGUUCUAAGUAUUUACGUAAUGCAGCUUUUUAAGUUUAUAGUUGUUAUAAAGUAGGCUUGUGGAGCGCCUGGUUCGAGCUAUGACCUUGGGAAAGCGCGUUCGUCAAGCUUUUUCCAGAUGUCAGAAGUCACAUAGCUUCACUCUCAGAGCAAGAUUCUGAAGAGAAAAAAAAGAAACCGAGCAGCAAGGCAUUUGGAUAUGAGCGAUAAUCAAUGCUCAACAUUUAUUAGUGGAACAGAUAGAGCUCAUUUUGCAAGAGUAAACUGCGAUUAGGGGCUCCAGAAGGGAGAAGGCAGUAAUAAAGAACAAUGAGUUGUGAUAUUUAUCAAGGUGGAGUAGGUUCCAAUGAAGGAGGGAAGUCAAGGUUGGAAUGAGGAAGAACUGAGAGUGCAUAUAGAGAGUAGUGUUAAGUAAAAUAGAAACCAUAUCCUUUACAGUCAGUUUUUUUUCUUUUCUCAUCCGAUGCCUGCCACACAGUGUUCAUGUAAAAGUCCGAGUUAGCAUGUUAAAGGUUGUCUUAGUAGAAUAGUUAAUCCAGCACAAAAAUUGGAAACAUGAGUCUUAAUGGUGAGUGUAGGUGAACAAUCUCAAUAUCACAGAUCUAUUGACUUGUUUUCAUCCAUAAAGAGCCUGAUACAAACAAAAUGUUCUGCCCCACAAACACGGGUGGAUUGAAAUCAUCGCCCACACCAUCAGUGCUUGCUGGUCAGUAACUCCACCCUCCCUCCUUUUGUGAUGUUAGGCUCAUUUACGAUUAUUUUUUGGAUACAUAUCAUACCUCAUACAAUGCUCUGUGUUUCACAUCCUGUUGGAAAACACUAUUUCUAUAAGUACCAUGUUACAAGCUUAUCAGACAGUUACAAAUUAUGGACUGUGGGUAAGGCUUCGAUGCUAUGUUUUUAUUGACUAUAUAGUGAAGUGUAGGUUACGAAUCAGAGUAUAGGCAUUAGGAAGGUGUGAUGUUUAAAUAAAUCAAUGACUUCUUGGUAUUGAUGACUGUUGUAAUUUUGAAUUCCAAGUACAAUACAUUCGUUCGAGUUCAUCUGAUACUUCUUGAUUAAAUUGCGUUAUUCCUUGGAUUACUAGUUCAUACUACAAUUCAAAUACUUCUAAUUAUCAUAUGGGCGUCGCGACUGAGCCUGUGAUGGAACGGUUAAAUAUAAAUUCAGAUUUUAAUGCUUUUGAGGAGUACAUGGAAAGGUUCGAAAUCUGGGCUAUGACCAAGGAAGAUGAUGAGGAUUUUAAUAUUGUGGCCCAUUUCCUUACAUUCAUCGGGAAAGAAGCAUACAGCCUUAUAAAGAUUUUGGCACUUCCAGACAAACCGAUUUCACUCCCCUAUGCAACUCUCAAGCAACUUCUGUUGGAUCAUGUAAAGUAUACAAAUUCCGAAUGCGGUAAGAAAGGAAAAUCCGAUAAAAUGACUCGUCAGAACAUCAGGAAUUCCACUUAUUCAAACAGUCGUCGUAGUUCGAUGCGUAAUCAAAUUUAUUCAGAUAAUACUUCAUUGAGUUGUGAAACAGUCCAUGAUGAUGAGCACAAGUUUAGUAAAUGCAUGUUCUGCGGCAAGUUUCACCCAUGUAAUUCAUGUAUGUUUCGUAAUUCUAAAUGCUUUAAAUGUGGUAUAACUGGACAUAUUCAGUCAGUUUGUAAUACCAUGGUUCAUUUCGCUGAAAGUAAUGCUAAGAUGGAUGCUUCUAAUGAUCAGUUAUCUUUAUCUAGAAGAGGUGUAACGUUAUAUAACAGUCCAGAGUUGAAUGAAACCCAGAGUCAUUGGGAGGCGAAAAUUCUCAACCAAUCAACUUAUCAGAUUUCUCAUGUUAUUGUGCCAGAUAUGGUUUGUCGUAAUAAUUCACAUACUUCUGAUGUAAUUUCUUACAACUCUGAGAAUAGAAUGUUAAAUGAGUCAAAUCAUGAUCAAAAACCAAAUUCAGUCAUGGUAGAUGUUGAAUUCCCUGAUGAUCCAUUACCUAAUGAAACUCUUAAUCAAUUUGAGGAAAAUAUUUCAGAAGAAUCGAAUUCUGAUAUCAUAUCAAGUGUCAGUGGUCCUCAUAAUGAAUUUAUCUCUAAUGAUAUUCCUAAUGAAUGUGAAAAAUAUGUUUCUUAUGAGUUGAAUUCUAGUCAUAUUUCUGAUGUUAUUGUGUCAUAUGUUGGAUACUCUCACGAACAAUGUAUGUUGAAUGGAAUCCCUAGUCAGGGGUAUGGUGAAUCAGAGCGGAUAGCAAAAUUUACCGAAAUAAUCAGAGAACCAACUUGCCCAGAAGUGAAGCUUGCACAGACAGAGAAUCCAAAUCAAAUCCAAGAUUAUCCUAAUGAAUAUGAGGCAGAUGAAUGUUUUCUAUUCGAUUGUUUCGCAGGUAAAUCAAGCCUAGUUGAAUCACAUGUAUUAAUUACAUAUAUCAAUGCAUAUCCAUCUGUAUAUUCUAAUAUGAAUAACAAGAAGUAUAUGUAUCAUGAUUUUUAUUCAAGUCAAAGUCACAUGAUGGAAUACCUCAAAUUAUAUAUCAGUGUUUAUCCCCAAAUACUCACAUACAGUAGUCGGUGCGUAAGAUUUGAGAUAAUGCUAAUUGGGAACGUCAUAUUGGCUAAAACAUUGCGAAGUAAGGACCCAACAUUAUUUCGUGGGGGAGGAUAUUGUUGGAGAGUCCAUGAUGCAAAUUCUAAAUAUCAAUGGUUUCACUACAAAGCCGACAUGCUGAUUGUAUACAAUUCUAGAACCCAGGUGAGUCUGUUCCAAUUUCCGUUGUUAAUUCUAAUACUAAUGAGUGCAUUCUAGAUAAUACAGAGUGUACAUUCAAUACACCAUCGGACAGAUACACUUACACUUCAAUUCGAGCUGUGGCGGAUGUGAUGUUUAAAUAAAUCAAUGACUUCUUGGUAUUGAUGACUGUUGUAAUUUUGAAUUCCAAGUACAAUACAUUCCUUCGAGUUCA